ACAACAGAGUUUUUUUUGGCUGCGCGUGUGUGAAUUUUUGGCCCUCAGCUUGAGGAUCAGCUAUAGCCCAGCUUUAGCCCGAGACCGAGAUCGGAGCAAUGUCCAAUAACCUGGAGCCACGGGUGGUGGACCUAGGCGUGGCGUGUUUGGUCUGCCUGGUGGAGGAGCCCGAGGCGAGCUCCAUCUAUGGCCACGACCCGGAGUCGCCGCACAUGCUCAUAUUGGAAAAGAUCCGUUGCUGCACCGGCCUGCAGCUGGACAAUAACCCGUCGCAGCUGCAGCGCUGGCCUGACAAGAUCUGCAAGCAAUGUCACCUGGAAUUGUCUGUGUCCUAUCGGUUCCACGAGAAGUGCGCCGUCGUCCAAAAGCUAUUUCAUUCGGCCACUGGCGCCACAUCGUCUUCGAUGUCCUCCGCGGCUACCACCGCUUCGCUUCUUCUCGACCAGCAACAAGAACAGCUAAAGCUGGAUCUUGUGCAGGCUCAGCUUCGAUUGCCCGCCACAUUGAAAAUCAAGCGCCUGGACGUGGAGCCCAGCUCAUCCAGCUCAGUUAGUAGUGCUAUAACCGCUGCCACAGAGCCCUCCUACUAUCAGGAUGUCGUUGAGGAAGCCGACGGUGACGCCCUCUCCCUGAUGCCAGAUGGUGCCAUGGUUUUAUCCCUUAAUGAUCUGCAUGAACAAGAUCCUAUCAAGGAGCAGCCAGAAGAUGAGGACUCCGACGAACAGAAAGAUGAGGAGUCCAAGAUGUUAUGUCUGGAUCCCUGGGAUGACGACAACACACCAGAGCAUCUGUACGAGAUUGAGACGCCGCUAAUGGAGGAGUCCGUAGUAGACAGUCCGCCGUUGCCACCGCCUCAACCAACGAGCCAAUUGAGAAAACGCACGUACCGUCGCGUUUCGCCCGUUGUCAAGCGGGGAAAUUUGGCGGCACCGGAUCUGGACGAAGAUUAUAAGCCCGCUUCCACGACCAAACGCCGUCACUCCGAACGCUCGCCGAAGAUCUGCGAUGUGUGCGGCAAUACGUACAAGUAUCAGCACGCUCUGAAUGCCCACAUGCGGCGGCACAACAAUGAACGGCCGUAUUCUUGCGAGGUGUGUCAGAAGGCAUUCAUCUCUAACGUGGAGCUGCGUCGCCACAUGCGUGUCCAUACCGGCCAAAAGCCUUACAGCUGUCGCUAUUGCGAGCGUCGUUUCUCGGACUUUGGAAGCAGCAAGAAGCACGAGAGGAUCCACACUGGCGAGCGACCAUAUGUGUGCGAGGUGUGCCACAAAGGAUUCGCAUACGCUCACGUUCUGUCCGUCCAUCGGCGGACACACACUGGCAAGAAGCAGUUCCAGUGCUCACAUUGCGACAAGGGGUUCACCAAGAAGAGCUAUCUGUCGGCGCAUAUGGACCAGCACCGUGGAUCGGGAAGCGGAGAGGCAUCGGGCUCAUCGGCAUCCGUUGACGGAUCUGCUCGCAGCCUGCGUUUGCCCACCCGGAAAGAGCCUGUGCGCAGGGAGCCAGUGCGUAAGCAAAUCCCCGAGGCAUUCUCGUUGGAUUCUGUGGUGCUCGACCAGACAAAGGUUCUGGAGGAGUGCAUCGUUGCGAAUGACUUCAUGUUUAACGAGGAGGAUAAUGUGGAUGAGGAGGCGGAUGAGGACGAGGAGUUGGAGAAUGACGAGCCGUAUCCGGAUCCAGAUUUUGAUGAUGUCGAUGGAUAUCAGAGUGUACGAUCGGUCAAGGAGCUCGUCGGUGAUUUGCUUGACACUGAGGAGUUCGGCGACGAAUCCAAAUACAUGAUAGACUAGUAUUAUCCCCUGGACAACUCAAAUCCACUUUACUAAGGGCCUGUUUUCAUAUUAUGACGGUCCCACAAAACAUCCCCACCCCGUAGUUUUUAGUCCGCAAAAAUUAGAAACAUAGUUCUAAGAAAUCGGUGUAAAUAAAGUGAAAAGAUAUUCCCUUA